AUGAGCAUCUGCUCUACCUGGAAGCCAUGUUCGCCGGAGAAGUCGGCGGUGAAGACACACUCUAGGCUAUGGCGGAAUCAUCAUCGUCGACCCUUUUCUCUUCUUUCAAUCUUCAACAUCUCUUCCUCCAAACCUCGCCGCUCCAGUUUUCCCCUUCUUACACGACCACCCAUUAACCUCCCUCUCUCUCUCAAAUCAAGAACUCACCAUAAUUUAUCUCCUCUCGUUACCUUUGUUUCCCAAACUUCGGAAUGGGCAGAGGAAGAAGGCGAAGAUGCUUCCGUCGCGGUUGAGGAAGCCAAGUUGUGGGAUGGAGUAGAAGAAGACACGAGUGGGACUGAGGAAGACGGUGGUGGGUUUCAAGAGCCACCGGAAGAGGCUAAACUGUUCGUCGGAAACUUGCCGUACGAUGUUGAUAGCCAGGCUUUGGCUAUGCUCUUUGAGCAAGCUGGUACAAUUGAGAUUUCAGAGGUUAUAUACAAUAGAGACACCGACCAGAGCCGCGGAUUCGGUUUUGUAACAAUGAGUAGCGUUGAGGAAGCAGAGACAGCCGUUGAGAAACUCAACCGCUAUGUUACAGGAGGAGAAAGCUAUGGAAGCCAUAAAAGACGCUUUGCGAGCUCUACGGAAGCGUCAUCUUCUGGAAGAAGGAGCUCACGCUCCGGCGAUUUCUGCUCUGCUCUCUCUAAACCUAUAAUCUCUCAGGGAUCAGAAUGGAAGGAGAAAACAGAGAAGCUGGAGAUAGAGCUACAACAAUGUUGCAAAGCGCAAUCCCGAUUAUCCGAGCAACUCGUGAUAGAAGUAGCUGAAUCAAGAACAUCAAAGGCUUCUUUACAAGAGAAGGAGUUGUUAAUUAACGACAUGGAGACGGAAUUAACCGAAACAAGGGAAAAGUGUACAAAUUUACAAGAAGAGUUAGAGGAAAAGACCAAGACUUUGGAUUUACUUAUCGCCGAGAACAAGGAAGUCCGAUCUCAGCUAGAGGAAAUGACAGAUAGAGCUCAGAAAGCAGAGUCUGAGAAUAAAAUGUUGAUUGAUCGGUGGAUGUUGCAGAAGAUGCAAGACGCAGAACGUCUUAACGAGGCAAAUGCUCUCUAUGAAGAAAUGCUAGCGAAGCUUAAGGCCAAUGGUUUAGAGAAUCUUGCUCGGCAGCAAGUUGAUGGGAUCGUGCGGCGGAACGAAGAUGGAACGGAUGACUUUGUUGAGUCAACGAUUCCGUCAACAUGUGGACACCGUAUCCAUGCUCAUGAAGUGGUUGUGGCUCAAUCAUCUUUGAAUACAACUCUGGUACUCUCUUCACCGGUGGAUAAGACCGAGCUCCAUAACACACGACAACAAGUCCCUGACCGCGGCAACCACCUCGAACAAUCUCUUUGUGUGGAUGUUAGCUCCGGUAGGGUGCGCCACACUCUCACAGGCCACACGGAUAAAGUCUACGCCGUGGACGUGAGCAAGUUCUCGAGCCGGCACGUCGUCAGUGCGGCUUACGACCGCACCAUAAAGCUCUGGGAUCUGCAGAAAGGCUACUGCACUAACACGGUGCUCUUCACCAGCAACUGCAACGCCAUGUGCCUAAGCAUAGACGGGCUCACGGUUUUCUCAGGCCACAUGGAUGGGAAUCUCAGGCUAUGGGAUAUACAAACGGGGAAGCUUCUCUUUGAAGUGGCUGGACAUUCCUCCGCUGUGACCUCGGUCUCGUUGUCACGUAACUGGAACAGGAUCUUGACGAGCGGGAGUUUGGAGAUUUGCGGGACAUUGAGAGCGUCGGGAAACAGAUUGGCGUCGAACUGGAGCCGGUCGUGUAUAAGUCCGGACGACGAGUACGUGGCCGCGGGAUCUUGGGAUGGGACGGUGCAUGUAUGA